AUGGCUGAGCAGUUGAUUCUCAAGGGUACCCUCGAGGGCCACAAUGGCUGGGUCACCAGCCUGGCUACCUCCAUGGAGAACCCCAACAUGCUCCUGUCCGCUUCCCGUGACAAGACUCUGAUCAUCUGGAACCUCACCCGUGACGAGUCCCAGUACGGUUACCCCAAGCGCUCCCUCAAGGGCCACUCCCACAUCGUCUCCGACUGCGUUAUCUCCUCGGACGGCGCCUACGCCCUGUCUGCCUCUUGGGACAAGACUCUCCGCCUUUGGGAGCUUGCCACUGGCACCACCACCCGCCGUUUCGUCGGCCACACCAACGAUGUUCUGUCCGUCUCCUUCUCCGCCGACAACAGACAAAUCGUUUCCGGCUCCCGCGACCGCACCAUCAAGCUCUGGAACACCCUCGGUGACUGCAAGUACACCAUCUCCGAGAAGGGUCACUCCGAGUGGGUUUCCUGCGUCCGCUUCAGCCCCAACCCCCAGAACCCCGUCAUUGUCUCCUCCGGCUGGGACAAGCUCGUCAAGGUCUGGGAGCUCAGCACCUGCAAGCUGCAGACUGACCACAUUGGCCACACCGGCUACAUCAACACCGUCACCAUCUCCCCCGACGGCUCCCUCUGCGCCUCCGGUGGCAAGGACGGUACCACCAUGCUGUGGGACCUCAACGAGUCCAAGCACCUCUACUCCCUCAACGCCAACGACGAGAUCCACGCCCUUGUCUUCUCCCCCAACCGCUACUGGCUCUGCGCUGCCACCGCUAGCAGCAUCAUCAUCUUCGACCUUGAGAAGAAGAGCAAGGUUGAUGAGCUCAAGCCCGAGUUCACCGCUGUCGGCAAGAAGAGCCGUGAGCCUGAGUGCGUGAGCUUGGCCUGGUCCGCCGACGGUCAGACCCUGUUCGCCGGUUACACCGACAACAUCAUCCGUGCCUGGGGUGUCAUGUCGAGAGCAUAA